AUGGGCGGGCCCCUUCUGGCCCAGCAUGCUUUGCGCACACCCAACAUGGCGGUGCCCAGCCCCAGCACGUCCCGACCGGCGCCCGCUUUCCCUUUCCCCUUCUCCACCUCGACGGCCAGGGCUGAAAAACCCGCGGAGGGGCAGCCUCUGCCAGCUGCUGAACCGAAUAAGAAGAAGCCGCCCUGUCGGGCCUGCACGGACUUCAGGAGUUGGAUACGGGAUCAGAGGAAGCAGUCAGACCUCCUAUUCUUAAGGAGGCUAAUGGAAAAGAAGACUUGGGAAAGAACCUCCUGAAGCUUUGGAAUGACCAGAAAGAGGCUGUGCUGAAGUUUUCCAUCACAUGGAACACAAACUCGCGGAACUACCUCAAGACUCAGGCAGUGGUGGAAACCCUCCUCAAGCAUGAGACGCCAGAGAGCCUCUUGCAAUACGAAGGGAUCAAAGCAGCUGUGGAGUCUCUCCCACCAUACACAGAACGGCACUUCCAGAGGCUGGGCCGGUUACUGCAGGCCUCCAUGUUUCUCGAUUUCAUGUGGCAAAACAUGAAGCUGCCUGACGCCGCCAAGUGGGACGAGCAGAUUGACACGUGA